UCUCUCUCUCUCUCUCUCUCUCUCCAUCUGGGUUUUGAUCUCUCUCUAUCUCUCAUGAGUUUCCUAAGCUUUGUGGAGGCGAAAUUGCCUCCAGGAUUUAGGUUCCAUCCAAGGGAUGAAGAGCUUGUAUGUGACUACUUAGUGAAAAAGGUCACCGGCAAAGGCAGCAGCAAUCCUAGUUCUUAUGACCCAGUACUCAUUGAAGUCGACUUGAACAAGAUUGAGCCAUGGGAUCUUCCAGAUAUUGCUUGUGUGGGUGGCAAGGAAUGGUAUUUCUUCAGUCUCCGGGACCGGAAAUACGCGACCGGACUGCGUACUAACCGUGCGACGGUGUCCGGCUACUGGAAGGCGACCGGAAAAGAUCGACCGGUGAUCGACGUCCGGACUGGGGCGAUUGUCGGCAUGCGAAAAACCCUAGUGUUCUAUCAAGGAAGAGCUCCAAAAGGGAAGAAAACUGAGUGGGUCAUGCAUGAAUUCAGGCUCGAGGGACCCUCUGAUGCAUCCAAAAUUCCAUUGAAGGAGGAUUGGGUCUUAUGUAGAGUGUUCUACAAGAGUAGAGGAAUAUCUGCCAAACCAAGCCAAGAAAACUCCUAUGAUGACACAAGCUCCUCAUCUCUCCCACCUUUGUUGGACUCUUUCCUUGCUUUUGACCAAACCCCAUUAAAUCUAGAGGGUUUUGAGCAAGUGCCCUGCUUCUCCAAUCUUUCCCAAAACACUACUUCCCAAACCAUACCCCAAAUCAUGCCCCAUCUACCACUUCUUGAACCCAACAUGUCUACCAUGAGCCUGGCCCACCUAGUGACCCCACCAGAUAUAGCCACCCUCUUCAACCCUCUUCAAUGUGAAAAAAAGGUCAUAAAAGCAGUUUUGGACCACUUCACCAAGAUAGAAAGCAACCAAAAGAUGAUGAUGGUGUCUCCAGGUUAUGAGGAAGGAAUCACUGAGAGCUAUUUUCCUGAAUUGGGUAUACCCACCAUGUGGGACCAUUGAUGAUUUUCAUGUGGUUUGGGACACUUGGGAAGGGUAUUUUAGUCAUUUGGAUUUGGAAAAUUUGUACAUAUAUGUGUUACCUACCUUUGCCACCAUUAAACACUUUUUCCCUCCAUGGGCAAGUUCAUAUCACUAGAACAUGUGGUAUUUGAAUUAUUGAUGUGUGGGGCCCAGGGGUAAAUCGGUCUUUUGUUCUCAAUUAUGUAUUAGCCAUUGGAUCAAAAUACAUGGAUUAAGUGGCCAAAA